AUGUUCCGCAGAGAUUUUCCCACAACGCGGGACACCCAGGGAAACUACUUCAUCGACCUCGACGGGACGCUCUUCCGAUACGUGCUAAACUUCCUGCUUAUGUCUGAGCUUACCGUCCCUGUGGACUUCACAGAGAUGGACCUCCUGAGGAAGGAGGCAGACUUACCAGAUUGAGCCACUGAUUCCUUGCCUCAAUGACCCCAAGCCACUCUAUCCUCUGGACAUCUUUGAGCAGGUGAUGGAGCUGUCCAGCACGAGGAAGCUCUCCAUGUACUCAAACCCGGUGGCUGUCAUUAUCACGCAGCUCACCAUAACAACCAAGGUCGAUGCCCUGCUGGAGGGCAUCUGCAAAAACUUCACCAAGUGGAAUAAACACAUGAUGGACACCAGAGACUUCCAGGUGUCGUUCACCUUUGGACCGUGUGACUAUCACCAGGAAGUGUCAAUCACGGUUCACCUAAUGGACUACAUCAUGAAGCAGGGCUUCACCAUUCGGAACACUUGA